CGCGCUGGGCUCCGCGCGCCCUCCGCCCCCCUCUAUGAGGCAGAGGCCGCGGCGGCCGUUAGCGCUGUCGCUCCGGGGGCCGCGGCGGGCGGGGCUCCGGCGGGGCCCGGCCUAGUCCCCACCCCAGCCCGGCUCCCAGCCGCCCGCCCUCCCCCUCCCUCUCCCCGAUGCAGGGGGCCGAGCUCCGGGACGGCGAGGCGGCGGCGGCCGCCGCUUCGUACCGCGUCCUGAGCCGCCUGCUCGGCUAUGGAGAGGCGGUCCCCGAGCCAGGCCCGCCGCCGCCGCCCCCGGGCCAUGGUCCCCCGCCGCCACCCUUCCUCGCGCGGCCCGGCCCGCGGGGCUCCCGGCCGCCGCAGCUGAUGGUGUUCCGCAACGUGGGUCGGCCGCCGGAGGAGGAGGACGCGGAGGCGGCCCCGGAGCCGGGACCCUCGGAACUGCUGUGUCCCCGGCACCGCUGUGCCCUGGACCCCAAGGCCCUGCCGCCGGGGUUGGCGCUCGAGCGGACCUGGGGCCCGGCGGCUGGACUGGAGGCGCAGUUGGCGGCUCUGGGGCUCGGGCAGCCGGCGGGGCCGGGGGUCAAGACGGUCGGUGGGGGUUGCUGCCCGUGCCCGUGCCCGUGUCCCCCGCAGCCGCCCCCUCCGCAGCCCCAGCCGCCUGCUGCCGCCCCGCAGGCCGGGGAGGACCCCACGGAAACGAGCGACGCGCUGUUGGUCCUGGAGGGCUUGGAGUCGGAGGCCGAGAGCCUGGAGACGAACAGCUGCUCGGAAGAGGAGCUCAGCAGCCCGGGCCGCGGAGGAGGGGGUGGCCGGCUUCUGCUGCAGCCCCCGGGUCCCGAAUUACCCCCGGUGCCCUUCCCGAUGCAGGACUUGGUCCCCCCAGGGCGCUUGGGUAGAGGGGAGCCGCAGCAACCGCCCCCGCCCCCGCCUCCUCCCGGGCCCCUCCGGCCACUGGCGGGCCCUUCUCGGAAGGGCUCCCUCAAAAUCCGCCUCAGUCGCCUCUUUCGCACGAAGAGCUGCAACGGCGGCUCCGGCGGCGGGGAUGGGGCCGGCAAGAGGCCUUCUGGAGAGCUGGCUGCUUCUGCUGCGAGCCUGACAGACAUGGGAGGCUCUGCGGGCCGGGAGCUGGACGCGGGGAGGAAACCCAGGUUGACAAGAACUCAAAGUGCCUUUUCUCCGGUCUCCUUCAGCCCCCUGUUCACAGGUGAAACCGUGUCGCUUGUGGACGUGGACAUCUCUCAGCGGGGCCUGACCUCUCCACACCCUCCAACUCCCCCUCCUCCUCCGAGAAGAAGCCUCAGCCUCCUAGAUGAUAUCAGUGGGACGCUGCCUACAUCUGUCCUUGUGGCUCCGAUGGGGUCUUCCCUGCAGUCUUUCCCCCUACCUCCGCCUCCUCCACCCCAUGCCCCAGAUGCGUUUCCCCGGACGGCUCCCAUCCGAGCAGCUGAAUCCCUGCACAGCCAGCCCCCCCAGCAUCUCCAGUGUCCCCUCUACCGGCCCGACUCAAGCAGCUUUGCCGCCAGCCUUCGAGAGUUGGAGAAGUGUGGUUGGUACUGGGGACCAAUGAAUUGGGAAGAUGCAGAGAUGAAGUUGAAAGGGAAGCCAGACGGCUCUUUCCUGGUACGAGACAGCUCUGACCCUCGCUACAUCCUGAGCCUCAGUUUCCGGUCACAGGGUAUCACCCACCACACAAGAAUGGAGCACUACAGAGGAACUUUCAGUCUGUGGUGUCACCCCAAGUUUGAGGAUCGUUGUCAGUCGGUGGUGGAAUUCAUCAAGAGAGCCAUCAUGCACUCCAAGAAUGGGAAGUUCCUCUAUUUCCUGAGAUCCAGGGUUCCAGGACUACCACCAACUCCAGUCCAGCUGCUCUACCCUGUGUCUAGAUUCAGCAAUGUCAAAUCCCUCCAGCACCUUUGCAGAUUCCGAAUCCGACAGCUCGUCCGGAUAGAUCACAUCCCAGAUCUCCCACUGCCUAAACCUCUGAUCUCUUAUAUCCGAAAGUUCUACUACUAUGAUCCUCAGGAAGAGGUGUACCUGUCUCUAAAGGAAGCGCAGCUCAUUUCCAAACAGAAGCAAGAGGUCGAACCCUCCACGUAGCAAGGGGCCCCCUGCUGAUGGCCACCAAGGGCAUUUGGUUGCCAAGCUCCAGUUUUGAAGAACCAAAUGAAGCUACUGUGGAAGGGGGAGUGAGGAGAAACGAGGGAGUUGGAAGGGCUGAGAUCCUCCGUGCGAAGACUUUGGUCCCCCUCGCAGCCCUGGGGCUUGGAAGAAGCACACGACCACACUCUGUGCGCGGGGCUCCACCUCGUCACGCCCAGCCCCUGCGCUACCCUGGAGCUGGACGAGCUCCUCGGAAAACUGGAAGAAGUCUCAACACUGUUCCUUUUUUAGAUGUUUUGUUUUGGAUAUUUGCAUUUCUCGGUAUGGAAAACUUCCUUUAAAGGCAGCUGGGGUCUGUGCCCAUUGGACUGGAAGUGGUGCCAAGGGUGAGCCAGGUCCGAGGGAGGGGAGGGGAGGGAGGGGAUUGCCAGUGACGGUCAUUCAGCCAGUGCCAAAGGCGGAGUGUGAGUGUUCACCGUUGACCUUGAAGAAGGGAAGAGAAGGAGUCAGAAGUGCAAAUCGAGUUGGGAGUUUCUGAGGGAUGAGGAUCCUCUUCUGUUUGAGCAUGGGUAGCUUCAGUGGGAGCAGGGAAGAAGCGAGGGUGGGUAGUCUCGAAUAGAAGAUUGCUGAAGAAGAACUGGCAGAGGGCCUCUGGGGGGAAAGCAGGGAUGCCUCACAUCCUUUUCCUUUAAAGUUUAGGAACCUGGUUUCAGAGUCACCUCUCAUAGAAGCUGUGUUAGUUUUGUCAUACUGAAUUCCUCAGUUUUGUGACCUCAAGUCAGUCCCGUUCUUCCUCCACCCUCCUCCCCUCCCCUUGAGAUAACUGUACAUUUCACUCUGAUCAUGGUAGCAUCAUUCCUGUUGCUUCUGCCAGCUGCCAAGGCAAUAGAGCAAUCGACUUCCUCAUCACCUGAGCGGUUGAGAGCCCUAAUCAUGAGCUGCUAAAGUUAAUGGAGCAUGCUUCCAGAUUCUUAAUGGCAGACUGUACCCAUGACUUAGGAGUCAGUGUUACUUACCUCCAUAUGUCUCUCAGCGAGUGAGAGGGAAUAUGGAGAAUGGGGAGAAACGAAGCUCUCGUGCUAGCGCUCUUCCGAGAAGCUCUCCAGUGUCUCAGCCUUAAUGGAGUGUCUUUGGAUCAGAGAGGAGGAGAGCAUUGGAUCUCGUGUUUUUAGGUUUAUCCCUGUUGUCCCACUUCUGGGAUGGGAGGUAGCAAGGGCUUUUUUAUUUUCCUGUUUUUUCUAGCAACCUAAACAUUUUCCCGAGUCUGAUCCUGUUUGCCUCCCCCUUCAUUGGGAAGUCUGUCUGGUGCUGAUUUGGGAGUUGUCCACCUUCCAGACAGAAAUGGAGGAGUGGAGUGGGGGGGUGAAGCUCCGCUGUGUUUCAUGGUUGUUGAGUUUUUCUGAAGUGGGCCGUUGUCAAGUCAUACGAUAUUAUGAGUUUGCUUUUCUGUAGAGUUACUCUGGGGAGAGGUUUGCUGUUAAGAUGUGAAGAUUGAGCUGUUUGCGUGUUUACUGCUCUUUUUCGUACAUGUUCCAUUAGCCUGCCUGGUUCCCCUGGGUUUAUAUCUGCCUCGUUUCAUGAGAUAAAUGAUAUCUUCAGGUUUGUGGUUUCCUGAUGGUUUGGGGUGAGGCCCCAGUGUCUUGGUAAUUUAUAGGACUGCCUCAUCUGGAAGCGCUGGCCUUCUGCCUUAUGUCUUGCAUAGAAUGACCAGUCUUCCUCCUUAUAGUGGGACAGGAAGGAAAUGUGCAUUGUUUUCUGUCUGGAAAGAGGGGGUCACAAAAUGAGCUUCGUGGCAUAAACAUAGCCCACCUCUGAUUUGUCAUGAGGCACCUCUUUUCUGCUUGGGUCCAGUGGGAGUGUCACCAACCAGUGAAGACAGUGGUCCCGGAAAUUGGCUGAACCUGUGAGUCUUGCUUCUUGAGGGUGCGGAUGAACUUGCCGUCUUGCAGAAAGUGCCCCCCAACUCGAGAGCCCGCAGUCUGCGAUCCAUCGGGAUCCUUGAGUAGCUGACGUGCUGCUCUUUGGGUUUUUUGGGGCUUUUUUCUUUUAGACAUUUCAGCCACCCAUACUUUAAAAAAGAUUCUUUUUUUAUAGUGUGUUUUAAUGCAUUUCCCUGGCUCUGGGUUAGAUACUGUGGGAAACACAAGAGGGGAAAGACACCAUAUCUGGCCUAAGGGAGCUUUUAAGUGACUGCCCCACGUGCAGCAGCUGCAGAAUGACUCUGUGUGGCAGCAAGAACCAAGGGCUAUCUUUAAAGAAAUUCAGCUGGGUAAGAUCAGGACAGACCAUAUGGUCUGGGAGAGCUCUGUGGCAGUGAGGCCUUCGGGUCCUAGGCGAGGGUAAGACAGACAGGAAAAACACACAACAGAAACAUGGAAACAGCAAUCUGCAGGGUGUUCUGAACAGGACACAGCCCCAGCUUAGGCGACAGUGUCAGUCACUCCUUUCUCAGGGCCUGUGGUUUCGAUGGAAACUUCUAGUCAUCAGGCAAGUCUCAGUGCUGAGGGCUUGUGAUGGUGAAGUGGAAUCCAAAGCCAGAAGUUGGCUGGUUCCUGCCCGUGGCCAGGGGCCUCACUGCUCUCAGUGUAGUCCAGGGAGGGAGGCAGAGCCCUUGUACCCCUUGUGGUACCAGGGGUUUCCACUGGACAAUUCCUGCAAUCAGGUCCAGAACCAAACCAGCUGAGGAGGCAUGAUCCAAGCUCACCACCAUCCUUCUUUCUCCUUCUGGGAGAGCGUAGUAUGCACAUGUGUCCGUGAUUUGUGUGUGUGCUAGUCAUGGCCCAGGCUAUAGCCUAGACCUUCCUCAGUAGAUCAAGACAGUUACACAGGGAGAGA